GAUUCACUACCGGGACAAGCCGCUAGAGGACACUAGAGGACAAGAGAGGACCAGAAAGAGCCAGUCCCAGCGAGGACACAAGCUUCACUACCACCACCAGCCACUAGAGGACACUAGAGGGCGGGACCUCCAGGAAGAGCACCGGUCUGAGGGACUAACACCAGAGGUAUAGCUCUCAGUGUCCAGAGUCGUAGCAGUAAAACAUGGACCCGCCAAACGAGCCGUCGCUGGGGCCUUACGACUACGACCUGCUGGUUAUUGGAGGAGGGUCAGGAGGCCUGGCCGUGGCAAAGGAAGCGGCGGAGUUGAGGAGAAAGGUGCUGAUCCUUGACCUCGUGGCUCCCUCUCCAAGAGGCAAAGAGAGGGAACUUGGAGGUUCCAGUCUCAACAUGGACAGCAUCAGGAAGUUUCUCCAACAGGCAUCUCUGCUCGGACAAGCUAUUCAAGACUCUCAGAAAUACGGCUGGAGGCUGAAAGAGCAUGCGUCUCAUGGCUGGACUGAGCUGGUGGAGGCCGUGCAGGAGCAGGUGAAGACUCGUAGUCUGGAGUUGAGGAGGGAGCUGAAGAGCUGCGGAGUCUUCUACCUCAACGCUCGGGGAGAGUUAGUCGGGCCUCACACAGUGGAGGUGACGGAUGUGGAUGGGAGGAAGAGGUGUCUGACAGCAGAGACCCUGGUCAUCGCUACAGGAGACACACCUCAGUAUCUGGGCAUACCUGGGGACAGAGAGUUCUGCCUGACCAGUGAGGACCUCCUCUCCCUGCCUCACCCCCCAGGUCGGACCCUGGUGGUCGGCGGGUCCGCAGAGGGGUUGGAGUUCGCCGGCUACCUGCGUGGCCUCGGGCUGCCGGUCGUCGUCAUGCUGCAACCCGACCUGCUCCCUGGGUUUGAUCAGAAGAUGGCACAGAAGAUAGAAAACCACAUGAUCGUCAGCGGAGUGGACUUCCUCUAUCACUCCUCACUCAGCAAGGUGGAGCAGGUUUCUAGAGGGAGACUUCGGGUGACCAUCAUCUCCCAGGAAGGCCAAACUAAACAGGAAGACUUUGAUACGGUGCUGCUCGCCGUUGGGAGGAAAGCCUCCACCAGCGACAUCGGCCUGGAGUGUGUCGGGGUGCAGUGCAGACAGGACACUGGCAGGAUCCUGGUGAACGAGAGCGAUCAGACCAGUGUAGAUCACAUUUACGCCGUCGGAUCAGUGCAGCAUGGACGCCCCUCCACCACAGGCCUCUCAGUGCAUGCUGGGACACUGCUGGCCCGCCGCCUCUACAGAGGAGACAGCAUCUUGUGUGAUUACACCAAUGUGCCAGCUGUUGUGCUGACUCCAGUGGAAUACUCUGCCUGUGGUCUGUCUGAGGAGAAAGCCAAUCUAACAUUUGGAGAAAACAGUGUAGAGGUGUAUCACAGCUACUACUGGCCUCUGGAGUGGACACUUCCUGCCAGGAGUAAAAACUCCUGCUAUGUGAAAGUCAUCUGCCACAUCCCCGACCAGGAGCGUGUGGUCGGUGUCCACGUCAUGGGUCCCAACGCUGGAGAUGUCCUCCAAGGCUUCGUUGCAGCGAUGAAAUGUGGUCUUACCAAACGACAGCUGGACGCCACGGUGGGCAUCCACCCCGGGUCAGCCCAGGUGCUCAGCUCAUUGACCCAAACCCAGCGUAUGUCUGAGGCCAUGAUGGUGAGGGGAAACUGCUGAGGUUAGCUCCCCCUGCUGUCAGUCACAGUUGCCCAUGGCAACAGUGGAAGACAGCAGGGGAAGUGCGUGCGAUCACCCCGAUGAUGAGUGACGGCGGUAGGAUGGCCAACCUGACCAUCCCGAUGACAUCCUCACCUGAAGCCUGACAGCCAGGCGGGCGAGGACCGAUGCUCUGCUGCUGACACACGUCUUGUUUUAUUUAUGUGUCUCUCUGUCAACGCUUUUUUACGUUUGUUAGCGUUUCUUUUAUGAACCGCUUGCUUCCAGCAGAACUUCUACAGAAAUCUACUGAUGCAUUUUUACGGCUCUCUCUUGACUUGAAGGAAAGAUAAGAUGCUCCCCGAGGUCCUGCCUCUGAAAGCCUCUGUAAGCUUUAAUAUAGCUGAGUUUUUAAAGGCUGCAGGAGAGUGAUAAGACUCUGGGAUUGGAUGCAUUUACAUGGAGUAAAAGCUCAGGCUUACGCUCUGUGUUUUCAUCGCUAUGGCAUGAACCUCGGGGGGUUUUUACAGCCUUAAUUUCAUGUAAUCAACUCGACGGGGAUUAUGGAAUUACCCAAAUUAAUAGUGUUUUAUUGGAAUGCUCUCGCUUUAAUUGAUGCAUAUGGUGUCUUCAUUGAGAGUCAGGCCGGAGUUCCUGAUGCACUCUUUUGUUUGCUUUCAUAUCCUCUCUCUCUGAUUCAAGCAUAGUGUCUUAAAGCAGCUGUUGAAUAUGCAUGCUGAUGGAAGCGUCUCAUACUAAUGAAUGCAGGGACUUGGAGUGCAGAUAUUUUUUAAGAGCUCGCCGCUGACCCUCGAAGUUUUUCCCCCGCCAACCUCAGCUCGGCGCUCUGCAUUUGAAUGAAAAGAAAUGUACAUCUGUGAGGGUUGGGCGUGCCUCCGUACAAGGGCGUCAUUUUCAUUCUCUCGGUGUGUUGAGUGCAGAGCGACCCGUCCGGCCCAUGUUAAUGCCGCGCAUUGUGCUGUUGCUUGCUAAACAGUGGUGCAAUUAGAUGUUCUGAGGUUAUCCUCCAGACCACCUUCUGGUCUCUGUCCCCGACAGACCUGCUUAUGUAAGUAAGAUAGAUAUCCUAAUUAGAAAGAAGUGCACGAAGAAGUCUCUCUUUUUGGCACGUGCCUGGAAAUGCCAUUAGAGCGUAAUUUGAUCAAAGCGAAGCGGCUUCUGUGACUUUGUGCAGGUCUCACAGCAAGGUUAGGAUGCUGCAUUGAGGUCUAUCUAUCACUGCCUGCUUGUCUUGGACUCUGUUCAGAGGUCUCACCUGACCCCCCCCCCAGUGCAGUGUGUGCUGUUCCACCACUAGAUGGCACUGUAGCUAUACGUGGAGUAAAUGAAGCAAUACUGGAAAAUCAACCUGGAACUAUGACGUGUGUGUUGAAUAAACGUAUUACAGUAAUACUGA